GUGUGUGAAGAAAGUGCUGUUGGAAAACUAAUAUUGAAUAAUAAUAACUCAAAUCAGUUUAAAAAUAAAUCAAAUAGGGUUCUUUUGCAACCUAAAAUUGUUGUUCAAAUUGUAAUGCAAAUUAAUUUAUUUUACAUAAUUCGUUACUAUAACCCCCUAAUUUGUUAUCACUUAUACAUGCACAAACAACAAUGAUAAGUAAUUUUUAUAACUUGAAGCAUUUUUAAAAUGUAAUCUAAUUUUCUGUUUUCGUGACAUUUAACCUUCUUGUAUUUUUAUAGACUAAUUGGCAUUCUGUGCUUCUUUAUAGGGGAAUAUGGAGUAAAUAUUAUAUAGCGUAUUAACCAUUAAAUGUUAUGUGUUUGUUUGAAAUAAAAUUGGUGAAUUUUGCUAAUUUAACCCUAGUUUCCACUAAUAUCUAGUUUCUUUUUAUAUAGUGGAAAAGGGUUUGGGAAACCCUUAUUUUAAUAGAAAAAUUAAAAAAAAUAUAUUUAGUUCAAGUAUCUAAUGGUGCAAAUAAUACUAAAAUACAAUAUUUUGUUAAAUCCUAACUCUACGUAUGAAGAAAAACACAAUUUAUUGGUUUUGCGUAGUGGAAAAGGGCAAUAGAAACCCUUAUUUUAAUAGAAAAAUUAAAAAUAAUUUAAUUCCACUACCUAUUAGUACAAAUAACACUAAAAUGCAAUGCGUUGUUAAAUCCUAAUUCUACAUAUGAAGAAAAACGCAAUUUAUUGGUUUUAUAUAUUAAAAAAAGCUACUGGAGACCCUUAUUUUAUUAGAAAAAUUAAAAAAUAAUGUAAUUCCAGUAUCUAUUAGUACAAUUAACAAUAAAAUGUAAUGCUUUGUUAAAUCUAAACUCUACAUAUGAAGAAAAACACAAUUUAUUAGUGUGUAACGUCACUUGCUGAUUAGGUUAAUUUUUAUCUUUUAAAACAUGUAUAAAUAGCAAGCAAAAUUAAACGCUUGCAUUCACACAGUUACUUCUAAUAGUUCUAAUAGUUCAACAGUGACUUGAAAAAAUGGCUAACGUUCCAUCCACUAUCAUAAUUAAAUCCUUAGAUAAAUCAAAUUUUCCACUAGAUAUGGGUUUAGUGGUAAUGAGAGAAAUGUUCACUUUUGGUGUGAAGGAUAUAUCAAUUAAAGGGGAUAAAAUAUUUAUAUGCCUGACGUAUACUCCACGACAUCAAAAUUUAAAAAAGAAAUUUGGAGACUUGCCUCUACAGUAUAUUAGAACAAGAAUGUUUGAAAAGGAAAAAGAUUUGAAACUAUUUGAAACGGCGCUGAAAAGAUUUAAUUUUAAAAUUCGUUUGGACGAGGAGGAAGAGGAGGAAUCCCAACAACAACAACAAAUAGAGAGUGGUCCGAGCAGGAAAAAGGUGAAAGUUUCACAACCAGAAUCAUCAACGUCUAGGAUUAGUCUGGAUUCUGAAGAAGGGGAAGAUGUUGUAAACACCCAAAGGACACAUAAAAAAUCUCUAAGUGUCUUAGUUGAGGAUGAUGAUGAUAUAUUCAGCCAGCAAUUUUAACGGUAUUAUAUUAUUUUAAAUUUGAGCUCUAUUAUAUUAUUUAAAACUUUAAUUUUUUUAUUUUAAUAUUAUCAAUAUACUAAAUACAAGACUGUGUAAUCACACUUGUGCUUAUAGUAAUUUAUAUUUUUUAAUUUUAAUUAUCAAUAUCCUAUAUGUAAUACUGUAUAAUCACGUACUAAAAAUAAUUUCGCAUAAGUUUUUUGUUAGUGCUCGAGACAUCAUUACAACUUGAAACAUGCACUCGAGCAGACAAAACUGUGUAACACCUACAUAUGUAGGUAAUAAUAUGUGGACACCACCCAAACUAACUGAACUAAGUGCAAAUGUAAUAAGUUACCAUGUAAAAAAGGAAGAGGAUAUUAAAAAACUAAAUGUACCUCUACCUUGUCAAACAUUAAUUAGUACACAGUAUUACAAAAAUGGAUUUUAAAUAGAUUUAUUUUCAUAUAGUGAAUUAUAUAAUAUAUAUGCAAUGUAUAGGUAUCUAUGUAUAAAAUAAAGCAAAAGUUUAUUGUACAAUAAUAGUCUUUUAUUUUAUAGUUAAAAUAUUACAAUAUAUUGGUUUUAUCUAUCCAACUAUUAUGUUUAUCACUAAAACCUAACCAACGAACAAGUACUUUAUUUUUACUACGUUUUAAAAUUUUUUCAACCAAGUAGGCAUCAGGAAAUUUAACUUUUUGUAAUUGCUGUUCAUAAAAUCCACCUUUAAUUUCUUGCUUGUCAACAUCUUCUAAUAUGUAGGUGGCAGGAUUUG